AUGAGACCAGCCUCGAUUCUUCGAAGGCUGCAGACUCGGUGGAAACCCAAAAAUGCGCCCAAGCACAAGCUGCACAACGCCGCCGGAUUGGGCCUGCGGCUCCCGAAAAAGGUCGAGCAGGCCGCACACGAGGCACUCAAACAAAGACCUUACUAUGAUCCCGCCAACAGCACCCUAGAUUUCCGCAAAAGCAACCGCACGCUUCUCCGGGAAAUCACGGCGCAGAGCACCAGCCGGACCCGCGUGCGCGUCAAGGGCCCGGCGGAAAAAUGGGCACGGCUGCUCGGCAACACCAGCCAGGCGGGCGCCCUCAAAGACGACGCUAGAAAUGCCAUCACCGCCGCGCGGAUCUCGCAGGCGUCCAGCCUCCGGCCGCUUGCGGUGGGCGACGUGGUGAUUCUCCACGAAAAAAGCACUCUUUUGCAUCUCGUGGUGGCGGCGCCCGGCACGUUGGCGCUGGACGUGUACACGUUCAUAAACCACGAGGGCGAGGUCAUGUUCGGCACCAAACACCACGUCCGCAUGCGCAUUCCGGGCGUGUUGCCCAGCGCGCUCGCCGAGAAAAUGCGCUUGGUGGUCCUCGAGGCAAAGAUGCCCGGCGUGGCGCCGGUGGGCGUGCCUGACUGUGUGUUUUCACGCCUGAAGAAGGCGCCCUCCACGGGGCCACGUGACGCGGCGGCCCCCCUGCUCCUGCCGCUGGAACCGGCGCCGGCAUCGUUGGACGCCCAGGCACGUGACUUCACCGUGGCCCAGGCCUCGGCGCAGCUCCUUGCAGACACCAGCGUCAACACGUACGUGGUGCCAACGACUGCCCGUGCCGUCUACGCACCUCUGUUCACGGAGAUCUCCAUCGACGCCUUCCGCAAGAUCCCGGCCUUUAGCCACAAGCUCGACUACUUCCACCGCGUGCUCCAGUACGACGAUGGCGAUGGCAUGAUCCAGUCCGCGUGCACCAUCCCCAUCUUCGACCUCUUCAAUAUGGUCAUGGCCCACGAGGUGCCCGGGCGGGGCCUGCGCUCCGCCACGCUCGACGAACAUGACUACAAGCAGGCCAGGGCGCGGCUCCGCAAGUCCGCCCGCCACGGCUCCCAGGCCUUGGGCAAGGCGUUGCCCUCCCAGACGGCCCCGAGCUACGCGGUGGCCACGUAUUCGGCCAGCUCGUACAUUGCCUUUGUGAGUGCACUCUCGCGCUUGGGCCGCAAGUGGAAGAUCAACGUCCAGAAGUCCACGCGCACGCCCAUCAGCGUGGACGUGUUGCCGCUUUCUCGCGCCCGCUCCGUGGACUCCACGUUGGACUAUCUCCGCAACGGGGGCGUCGACGAGAUCGCGGCGUACAUUGUCUCGAGGGUCCGGGGAGGCGCCCGCGCAGCAGAGGCCCCGCCGCAGUACCGGCCGGUGGUCCAGAUGUUGAAGGAUUUCGUCUCGGGCAACAUCCUCGGGGACCACAACUUGGACAGUUUGCUGGGGAACCUUGUGCUCAGCGUGGACGCCCGGUUGAAGGCCGCCGGCUUGGACCGCCUGGCCGCGGCCUUGCACAUGCCCUUCUCCCACGAGUUCGCGCGUCUGAGGGCAUACGAGAUCCUCAUGCUCUUGGAGACAACCGGCGACAGGAACCCUCUUCGCUGGGACAGCGCCCUAGGGCUCCCGGGCACGCAAUCCUCCGCCGAGGCGGACCGCUUUUGGCGCUUCUACGACUACCUCGACUCGACCUUCCGGUCCAAUGGCGCGCUCCUUGGCCUGUUACAGGGCGGUGCCAAAUCCCCGGCCCGGGCGGAAAACGACACGCCCGAACGCAGCCAAGAUGCCCCUGCGGCACUUGCCAAGUAUCUUGCGGAUGACUUCUACCCUGCAGACCCCAUGGCAGCGGUGCGUGAGGACUUCGGAAACACGCCUGUCUACUGCAUUGACUCAGAAACAGCGCACGAGAUUGACGACGGCAUUUCCAUCGAGGACACAGGCGCCGGCGUGGCCAUCACGGUGCACAUUGCAAACCCAACUUCGUACCUUAAGCCUGACUCCUCGUUGAGCCAGAUUGCUUUGCAAAAGGGCUCCACAGUGUACUUGCCUGAGGGCCCCACAAUGAUGCUACCUGACGUUAUAUCCAAGCUUUGCGGGCUCAAUGGAGAAAAAACGACCCGUACGCUCGGCAUCCGUUUCGUAUGCAAAAAGAAGCACGUGAAGGCGUAUCACGACGCUCUUAGGAAAGACCCAUCGGUCAAGCCACUGGUUGAUCUAGCACAAGCUAUUCAGAAUGCAAUCGAGCACACUGCUACAGUGAAGUUUUACAAUGUCUCCAACUUCCCCAAGAAUUUCACGUAUAAGAAGGUCAACGAAAUCCUCAAUGACCCAGAGAAUGUCGAGAGAUUCCAAAACAAUACCUUGAAGGAAGGCUCUCAUGAACACAAUCUCUUCAGCCUCCACAUGAUGGCGGAUCUAAUCAAACAUUUCCGAGUAAGCCUCGGGUCUGGUGUUGAAUUGAACUCAGACACUUCUAAAGUGGCAGUCAACUUCAGCAAAGACGACUGCGGAGAGCAAGACUUUACUGAAAUCGAGAGCGGCUGGCAAAUUACUCUUCCCAAGGGCAAAAAAUCCGACACGCCCGUGAUCUCUGUCAUGCGCGAGGUCAAUCAAAACAAGGAGUCCAAAUCCCAACAUCUUGUGUCCAACCUAAUGAUAGCUGCAAAUUACGCGGGCUCUGUCUUUGCCGAAAGAGAGGGCUUUCCUAUCAUUCAUAGACACCUGAAGUUGGAUGUCAAGGAAUCCGUUGCAAAUGAGAUUAAAGAAUUGAGCAGACGCAGCUACCUCCAGAAGAAAGACAUGAGGCCGGACGAAAGGUCCCAGCUUUUGUCUGUUUUGACAACGGCUAAUUUUCUGACGUUUCAACUUUCACAUGACCUUUUAGGCGUGAAGCUCUACCUGAAUCUCACUUCGCCUUUGAGAAGAUAUGUCGACAUGGUCAACCACUGGAAGUUCCAAGACUUCACACUCAUGAAAGAAGCAGAGCGGCGAGGUGAAGACUGGAUAGAGUUUGGCAUGAGAACAAGUGAUAUGGACUACAUUGCCAGUCAUCUCCAAGGUUGUGAGCUCAGAAACAAGAUGGCUCAAAAGUUCUCAGACACAUUUUGGAAAGCGAAGUUCCUCAGAAGAUACUUCGAGUUGAAAAUACAAGGAAAAAUCAAGAAUCCAAUUGAAUUACUGUUUUUGCUAGGCAGCGACGCCAAACAUGGUGAUGUUAGAGCGGAGUUGAUCGGAUUUACUUCCCUAAGAACAACCAUCAUUCAGACCCCAUAUGUGAUGCUGAAAUUUUCCAGCGAGACUUGGCACGUUGGUCAAGUGAUUCGAAACCCACGAUUUCGCGUAUUAAAGCUCGACUUUAUUGAGGGGGAGUUUACCAUUGAGCUCGUCUCUCCCGAAGAUGCUCUUAAUGAUAUAAUUGAAUAG